AUGUCUUUGGUUGAGUCUCAGCAAGAGAGGGCGGCGGAGUUGAUGGCUCAGGCCCGAAAGAUCGCACAUGACUUCGAUUUUCCAGCAGACCAUGUUCGUCGCGCCACGACUCACUUCUUGAAGCAGCUCAAUGAGGGCCUUCGGGAAGAUGGCACGUCAAUGUGCCAGAUCCCUUCCUUUGUAACCAAACUUCCCAAUGGCUCUGAAAAGGGCGUCUGCUUGGCCAUCGACCUUGGCGGUACCAAUUUGAGGGUGUGCUCUGUUGAGUUACACGGAGACUCCACCUACUCCUUGACUCAGUCCAAAGCCGUGAUCCCUAGACACCUGAUGGCUGCACCGACUUACAUGGAUCUCUUCAGAUUCAUCGCCCUGCAGAUGAAAGGGUUCCUCGAGAAACAUCACCCAUCAGACCUGGCCGUGUGGUCGCAGCUCCUGAAAGAAGGAGGCGCAAUCACCGAGGCCGUACGCCAGAAGCACUACAAGAGCCUUGGCUUCACCUUUAGUUUCACGUUUGAUCAACACGCCAUCAACAAGGGAACAUUAAUGUACUGGACAAAAUCGUUUGGUAUCGCCGACGCAGUCGGUCGCGACCCUUGUGCCAUGCUGCAGGAGGCCCUCGACGAGCAACACCUGCCUCUUUUGGUCACGGCUCUUGCGAAUGAUACCGUGGGGACUCUGGCGGCGCGGGCGUACACCUCUCCGGGACGUUCCAGCAACGUAGUAGGCGCAAUUUUCGGCACCGGGACCAACGGAGCUUACAUGGAGCGCAUAUCUCGCAUCACGAAGCUGCAUUCGCGCGCAGAGUUCUCGACAUCGGACCCGGGCGCGAUGAUGGCACUGAAUACGGAAUGGGGCGGCUUCGACAACAAGCUGGAAGUGCUGCCUUCAACACGAUUCGACCGCGACUUGGACCGCGACUCUGUCAACCCCGACGAUCAGCAUUUCGAGAAGCGCAUAUCCGGCAUGUAUCUUGGCGAGCUUCUCCGGCGGAUACUAAUAGAUUUGUCGCAAUCGAAACAGGGCCUCUUUGACUUCCAGGUUUCGGGCGAUUCCUCGCUUUACACGCCGGACAGUAUUGACAGCUCGCUAUUGUCGGCAGUUGUCAAGGAUAGAACCCAGACGCUCGAGAGUGCGCGCGAGGCGAUAGCAAGAGUCCUCGGCGCCACAGACGUGUCGACCAACGAUGCAGAAGCAAUACGGAUUCUUUCCGAAGCCAUCGGCCGCAGAUCAGCCAGGCUGUCUUCCGUUGCGAUUGCUGGGGUCGCUCUCCAAUCUGGACUGUUUGCCCCCAAGAGCGUCAUUAAACCAUUAGCGACGACGUCACGAGGCCUGGGAAUCAACAUUCUCAAGCCUCUCAUCUAUGGAGCGCGGAGUCUGUGGAACCUGCUUGCAAGUUGGCUCCACGUCAGGGUUUUAUUCACGACUCCAUCAAAGGCCUCAUUCAGCGUCUUUUCGCGGCUCGGAGGGGUAGGCAGUGGUGAGGCAGAGACUGAUGGCGAGGACAUGGAUGAAGUGGUCGAUGUGGGUGUUGACGGUUCUUUGAUUGAGCACUUUCCCAACUUUGAAGAUCAUCUACGGGAGGCUCUCAGGGAAAUCCCAGAGAUUGGUGCCGUGGGUGACAAGAGAAUCAAGAUUGGCAUGGCGAGAGAUGGUAGUGGAGUCGGGGCUGCGUUGAUUGCUUGGGCGGCCAGGACAUAG